AUGUUCAAUAGAUUUCAAACUAGCAAAGAGAGGGAUUUAGAUGAGUUGUUAGAGGAAAUUCUGAGGCUUAAUCAUGAUAAGCCCGAAAUUUGUGAUUUAGUGAAUAAAGGAAUUUUUAGAACUCAAGUGAACAAAGUUAUGGAAGCUUUUGAGAAUGAUUCAGAAGUUUUUCCGCAAGGAAAUAAAUCAAGUAUUGGAACAAGAAAGAUAUACGGAGUUUUAGCUAUAUUACUUUUUGAGUCAUCAAAUGAGCAAGGAAAAUUGUUACAGAUAUUGACAGAAGAAGAAAAGUCGACUAUAUGUGCUAUGCUCGCAAGUAUUAAAGCAUUGCAAGGUAAUAAUAUGGAUAUAAUAACAAGUUCUUCUAUUUUAGCGACAAGAGAUGCUGAAGAGAGAAAAAGUUUCUUUGAAAUAUUAGGGAUCAGUUGUGGGUCUAAUGAAAGUGAUGGGGAUAAUUGCUGUUCGCAAAAUAUAAACAUUUUUGCUAAAAAUAUAUUUGAAUUAGUUGAAUAUAAUAAAACAUGUUAUUUAAAAAAUAUAGUUUACGGAGAUGGGAAUAGAGGAUUUGGGGUAGCAAUUGUAGAUGAAGUAGAUAACAUGAUAAUUGAUGACAGUAGCAGAACUGCAAGUUUAACAGGUGGACUAGCAGGGUUUGAACAUUUAAAUCCAAUAUUUUGUGCAGUAGCAAAUAAGUUAAAUAUAAUAAGCAAACAGAUAAUAAAGAGAGACAAAAAAAUAUUAUAUAUAGAUAGUGAGUUUGUUGAGAAAGAAGGAAAUCUCAUCUUAGGAGACGGAACAAGUGUCUAUGAAACAGAUGAUUGGCAAGAACUUGUUGAACUUUUAACUGAAGAGUUAACAGAAUUUACAACACAACUAAUAAGAGAAAAAAUGAUAAAACUGCCAGAUUUUCUAAAAGAUUUUUGUUUAAAGUCAGUAGAUGAAUUAGUAAAAUCUGCGAUAGAAAGCUGGAAUAUAUAUCAAAAGAGGAUAGAAUAUUUAACAGUAAAAGAUGAAAAUGGAAAUUCAACUAUUGCACUAGUUGAUUACGAAAGCACAGGGAUAGUACAAAAUCAUGAGACAUAUUCUAAUGGAUUGCAUCAAUUUAUGCAAAUAAAGCAUGGACUUAAGCUUACACCUGAAACGAUAGCUACAAGCUUUAUCUCAAAUAUGGUAUAUUUUAAAAAAUAUGGUACUAAGAUUUAUGGAAUGACUGGAACAAUUGGAUCUAAGGCGGAACAAGAUCUUCUAUCCUCGAUUUAUAAAAUAGAUUUUGGAUUUAUUCCAACUUACAAGGCAAAACAAUUUAAAGAGAUAGAAGGGAUAGUGGCUACGGUACUAGUUAUUUGUGAGACAAUAGAGAAUGCAACGAAAAUUUAUGAUAAUUUGAUAAAAGAUUAUCCAGCAAACAAAAUAAGGCUAUAUUCUAGGAAUGAUAAUGAUGAAUAUUUAGCAGUAAUAAAGAAAGUUAACUCAGGAGAUGUAAUAAUUGCAACAAACUUAGCUGGAAGAGGGACAGAUAUCAAAACAAGUGCUAGUGUUGAAAUUAAUGGAGGAUUGCAUGUAAUAGUUACUUUUUUACCACCAAACUUAAGAGUAGAACAACAAGCGUUUGGAAGAACUGCGAGACAAGGUGCAAAAGGGACUGCUCAAUUGGUAAUUAAUAGAAUACAUGCUGAAAGAAAAUUAAAUAUAUCUGAAGCUUUAAAUAAUAUAUAUGAAUUUAAGCAGCUUAGAGAUUGUAAAGAAUAUAUAAAAAUCCAGGAAACCAAAUUAUAUGGGAUGGAGGAGGUUGAAUUAAGAGAUAUACUAUUUGAUAUAUAUUUAAAAAGCGAUAACAACCUAAGAGAGAUAGAAAAAAAGAAGAUAGAAGAAAAAUUCAAUAUGACGAUAUCAGAAAUAUUCAUAAAUAUGAUGAUAUCAGAAAUAUUCAUAUCAGAAAUAUUCAAAGAAAAAGAUAUAUCUGAACUUAAAUUGCUACAAGUAGAAGAAAGAUGGGGAAUGGUGCUAAAAUUAUUCGAAAAGACAUUAGCUUAUAAUAUUGAGGCAAGAGAAAAACUAAAAAAAUUAACAAGAAACUUUGGAUUUAAACUAUAUUAUACUAAUAAAAAAUGCUUAGUUUAUACUUUUACUAGUAAUAAGCAAUAUCAAUAUAUUGAAUAUAAUGAUAUUAAUUUUUAUGAAAAAACUGCAAAGAGCUUUAAUGAUCAAGAGGCAUUAAAAAGUUUAGCUUCAGUAUUGAGGAGAAAUAUAAUAGUAAUAAGCAGCAAUCAAGCAAAUCCAGAGAUCUACAAAAUUAAAGAUGCGGAAGAAACAAUUUAUAUAGGUUUAGAAGAAGCAAAUAAAAAGCAUUUUAAAUACUAUAGAUCUUUAAAAGUUUUAGACAAUAAUCUAGUUAUAGAAAAAAAUUAUCUAUCGAAAGCGAAGGAAAUAAAAGCUACAGAAUAUAAAAGUGAUAUAAAUCUUUUUGAAAGAAAAGAGAUAAAAAAAUUGCUAGAAGCAAUUAUAAAACAAGAAUCAAAAGAAAUAACAGCAUGCAAUUUAGUAAGAAGAGAAGACGGAAUUAAUUAUUUUACAAGUUUUUUUAAUAAAAUAAAAGAAGAAUAUGAAGAAGGCAAUAAAGUAAUGAAAAAUCCUGCCUAUAUGGUUAGGAUAGGAAUUAAAAAGCCAGAAAGUAAAGAAAAAAUCGAGAUAUUAGAAUGUGCAUGUAAUUUAGACAAAUCAUUUUCAUUACCAGCACACUAUAAUUUAGCUUAUGCAGUAAUUGAAUAUCAGAAAGAAGAUUAUCAACAAAAAGUAGUUACUAACUUAUCAAUAGCAAAAGAUCGAAUAGAUGAAGUAUUAAUACCUCAUUUACAGUAUAUGCAAGUAUUACUUCCACUUGGCCAAAGCUGUGAAUUAUCAAAGCAAAAAAUUAACAAAAUAGAAAUGUUAAAGACAAUUAAGAGUAAUAUAGAAGAAAUAAUUAAAAAAUGCAAAAAUGAUAGUAAAAAAAAUAUUAAAAUAAAAAAAGUUCCAUUAGAAAAAUAUUUUAAUAAUAAAGAUUUAACGAUUGAAAUAAAAGAAUUUGAAAACGAAGGGUUACAAUAUCUUUUUGAUAUAAAUAUUGAGAUAGAUUGGUUUGGAGUAAUAUUUUUAUGUGUAGCCGGAACAGUACAAAUAGUAAUAGGAAUAUAUUGUGCAAUACGUGGCCAUACAGAAUUAGGGAAGUCUUUUAUUGCAGAAGGUUAUGAAGAUUUAAUAACUGAUUCUUCAUCUAAUUCACCUGAUUCACCACGUUCACCAGCUCUAUCAGCACUUAAAGAUGCAGGACAAAAGAUGGCAAUAAGAAAAACUUUAGAUUACUUAUUAGAUAAAAGCGCAGAUGAGAUUAUAAAUCGAUUUAAAGAAGAUGUAAGAGAGAAUAUAUUUAAAGAAUUAAAUCUAAGUCUUGAUGAUCCAGCUAUAAUAAGAUAUUUAAAUAAAUUAGCAGCUGCAGAUGAAUUAUAUGAGGAAGAAUUAAAUAAAAUAACAACAAGUACAUUAGAAAUUUUAGAAGAUAAGAAAAACAUAUUUGUAGAGUUUAUUGAAAAAGGAUUAGAAACAAUAUUAAAAAGUAAUUUGCCAAUAUUAAAAGAAGCUAGGGAAAACAUAGGUUAUAAAUUAACGAAACAUGGCACAAAUUUAGUAACAACAGUAACAACAUUACAUCAAAUAAAUAAAAUAUCAAGAGAAACAGCAAAAGAAAUAUCGGAAGUAUUUAAAAAUAAGUUAAAAGAGUUAUGUGAACAAAAAGUAAGUUUUGAAAUAAUUUUGGAAGGAAAGUUAAAGCCAAAAAUAAAUUUAAAAGAUGCAAAAGCUAUAGUAAAACUAUUAAAAGAAACUACGGUAAUAAAGGAUGAAGAAUUUGAUAAGGAGAAGGCACAGAAAGUAGAUUUUAACAAAUAUAAUAAUAUUAAAUCAGAA